ACAUGGGUUUCGUGGGUUCAAAAAAUCGAUUUUUUUUUUUGGCUCAUUGAUUUCUACAACAUCUCAAGAAUAUUGUCCUGAAUUUUCAAGUCGAUCCGAAUAAUAGUUUUGGAGAUACAACCUUAGGAAGGUGUGCGCUCCAAGUCAGGUAUAGAAGGGUCAGCGCGCCUCAGGUAUAGUGAGCAGCUGCUCGUCUAUUGUUUGUCUGUCAUUGUUGUAUAUUACUUUCACUUCCUAAGGAAAACUAGUUUGAAAUAUUUUAUUUGGUGAUUACUUCUUGAAGCACGAGGUUCAUUUGAGGUUAUCUCAAGUUUCUAUCAUAUAAUUUAUUAAAAACGUGGUAUUAUUUGUGGUUAUCUAGUGUCAUUUAUGAAGUUGAUAAACAAUGCAUAAAAUUUCAAGAAAACAGUUAACCGUUGGAGCUUGUAGAAAAGAUAGACCGAGAAAAAGGAGACAGUCCUUUAAUCCUAAAGAUCCGGAAACUGAUGAUAGUUCCUUCACGAGCACCUCAGCAAAAAAAUUAAAAGGUGAUGAUAAAGAGCACGUGCCAGAAGAGGAUACACUCCAAUAUUCAAUCAUAGAUUUUGCCUUGGUUUUCUCAACUCUCUCAUCGUUUGUGCGGUGUUCUAACAUUAUUGACGAUGAAGAUAAAGAUCAAUUGUGUAAUGGUAAAGUACAAUUUAAGCAAUGUUCGAAAUUUGGUCUGGGAUAUAAAAUCGUAGUAGAAUGUGAACGAUGUGAUCCAAAAUAUAUUUUAUCUUGUCAAAAAAUCGGAAGAAUGUAUGAACUAAAUCGCCGGUUCAUUUUUGUUAUGAGAAUAUUGGGCUUAGGGCUCGCCGGAUGCAAGAAAUUCUGCGGUUUGAUGGACAUAAGCAGUUCAUUUUUAAACCAGUCUACAUACGAUUUUUAUAUUGAUAAAAUACAUGAGUGUAUUGAGACAGUUACUCAGACUCUAUUCUCAUCUGCUGCUGAAGAAGAAAAACAAUUUACAAAUAUUGAAAACGAUUUACAAGAUACGACAGAUGUGAGUGUUUCCGGUGACGGUACCUGGAAGAAACAUGAGUAUACUCCAUUACCAGAUGAAGUUUUGAUUGCUAUGAAACCAAUAUAUGAUGAUCUCAGUAAGGAUGAGCUUCUUGAACGGUGUAUUGGUGGUUUCACACAAAAUAACAACGAGAGCUUCAACCAGUUGAUCUGGAAAAUUACUCCAAAAAUACUUCCUGCUGGUUCAAAGAUUGUUAAUAUUGCGGCAUUGGUCGCUGCUUGUAUCUUCAAUGAAGGAACAUCAGCUUUAUUAUUGAUUAUGCACGGUAUGGAUUUAAAAUUAGGCCGAAACUCCCACGAAUAUGCCCGAAUUUCGGAUGAAAACCGUGUAUGCGCAGCCGAAAAAAAAUCUGCGAGCGAGACUCGCGAAGCCAGAAUCCGUCAUCGACAGGAGCAAAAGGAUGCCCUGGACAUUGCAACUGCUGCAGGAUCUUUACUUUAUGGCUCAGGAAUCGACGAUUCACUAUGAUUUUGUCAGGAGUUAUGCUGACAACGCAGACGCACCUUUUUUCCGAGGGGUCACCGGAAAUGACGUCACAAUGGAGGAGUUUUAAUUUUUUUUUUUUUUGAAAAUUUUAGAAAUUAUUCUUUAAAUAUGUAUCUAU